GUCAAUAUUCGUUGGCAAGGUAACUAUUUUCCUUGGUAACGAGUUUGUUCGAUAAAAUUGCUAUCAAAUAAACGCAGCGGUUGAAUUCUCUUUAUUCGCAUAGAAUCGCGUUAACGUUAGUUCUCGAAUUAUAUUGAAGUAAAAUGGUAAUUUUACUGAUAAAAAGAGGUGAUGAGAACCAAUUUCUCUAUGAAACUGACGUUAACAGUGAAGUGGACGAUGUGGUUAGAGAGGUGGUGGCUAUAUACAAUGGCAGGUUGAAGGUGGAUAGAAUUUGUUACGAAAUGGAUGAGCUGCAAAAGCACGGUACAUUCCUGCCACCGGAAAUGCAGGGGUUGAAUGAAGACCAGAUAAAAGAGCUCAAGCUUAAAGAUCCUUGGGCUGAGCGUUGUGCUCCCGCUAAUCAUGUGUUUUGUAAAGAUGACAUGGGAAGACGAUGCGGUUUGGCUCCUCCACCCAAUCUUCAAGAGGUGCUUAAAAAAGCAGCCGAGACAGCUAAAGAGUUUGUUAGCAAGAAACAUGUCGAUCUCCGUAAAUGUAUGACCCAGAAAGAAGUAUCUAAAGCUUUAGAUGAGCUGCGUGGAGCCACAAAGAUAGUGUUCCCUGCUGGUCUACCACCUCACGAUCCAGUUCGUAUGGAGCUGGAUAAUGUCGAAGAUUUGACCGGCACUCAAGCAUCUCAGGAAGUUAUAGAUCCUUCAAGAGCGUGUAUAUGGGCUUGUGGAAAGAAACUGUUAGGUGGAAAUAAGCUAUCCGAUCAUUUGGGCAAAAAUAACAAGUCAAAGGUCACGGUGAAGCUCUGUUCCAAUAACGAAGGUGCACCGGGACGUGAGCCAAUCAUGACAGAAGAAGAACGCAAACAACUGAUGUUGCACGCAUACAGGAAGCAGGAGGAGUGGAAGAAGCUGGAACAAGACGACGACGAUAACUAUUUGGACUCAAAAUGGGCAGAUGGGCAGCAUAUGAAACGACAAUUCCAUGGACUGAGCGAUAUUUCUUGGAAACCAGUAAUUAGAAAGUGAACAAAGAAUUCGUUAAUGUCGCAGGAAGUUGGAUGUUAAUACAUUAAAAUAUAUUCGCC